GACCAUCAGAUGCACGAAAAAGGUCUCUUUUUCGCUUUGAAUCCUCUGUGAAAAGCUGGAUGAAGACAUUAGCAUAAACCUGUUUCUGAUUUGCACCUCGAGGACAUUUCUUUACUGUUUUUGACGAACUGAGAGUGGGAAGAAUUGGGACCUUCAAACACAAACACAUCCCUCUUUUUUCCCUUGAUUUGCUGCAAACAAUCUGGAUAAAGACCUUGGUAUUAAUGAAUCUUUUUCUGAUCCAAAAUCAGUUUUCUGACCUUGGACCCUGAACAUUUGGUGCUAUCAAACACCAACACGUCUCUUUGUCAGUCAACAUCUUCUACAAUCUGGAUAAAGGCCUCCAUAAAAUGAGAUAAAGAUCUUGGCGUUAUUAUAUUUCUUUCUGAGCCAAAACCUGUUUCUAACCUUCUACGUUGAGGGCAUUCCUUUGUUGUUUUUGAAGGACGUUAAGUCAUCCGCAAACCAUCUGGAUAAAGACUUAAGCAUAAAUGAAUCUCUUUCUGCUCCAAACCCCAUUUAUUGGAGGCAUCUCUUUGCUGUUGGACUCUUUGUUUUAGCGCUAUGGGGCUAAACGACAGCAGCCCGGGCGCCAUGAGGAACGGCCGCGGCCUCUCGGACCAAUGGGCCGAGACGGUGGUGGUCCGCCCUCGCACCACGGAGCGGCACAUCACGGUGCACAAGCGCCUCGUGUUGGGCUUCGCUCUGAGCAUCCUCACCCUCAUCAUCGUCACGGCGGUGGCUGUGGUGCUCAGCGUCCGAUUCGAGGACUGCGGGAGUCGAGAUGUCGCGACGGGCGAAUCGGGAUCUCGAGGGUCCACCAAACUGAACGGAAGUAAAGGAGAAAGAGGCGACGAGGAAGGGGUUCAGCCGUGGAGAAACCUGAGGCUGCCGGGAACGCUGAGGCCGCGGCAUUAUGACCUGAGGAUCGCCGUCUACAUGGACAACUUCACCUUCUCCGGGGAGGUCAGCAUCGAGCUGGAGUGCAUCAACGCCACGAGGUUCAUCGUGCUGCACACCGACCGCCUCGAGGUGGACCGUGUGUCCGUCACGGCAGAGGGCGGAGCCAACGGUCGCCCUGCCAACAGACCAGGGGGCGGAGCCAUGAGAAUCCACCGCCACUUCCCCCAUCCGACCACUCAGAUGCACGUGGUCGUUCUGCACCGAGAACUCAAACCGCUCCGAGUUUACCGGCUGAACAUCAGCUUCGAGGCCGCCAUCGAGGACGAGCUGCUGGGCUUCUUCAGGAGCUCCUACACACUGCACCGAGAGAAACGAUUCCUGGCGCUGACCCAGUUCAGUCCGAUCCACGCCCGGAAAGCGUUCCCGUGUUUCGACGAGCCGGUGUACAAAGCCACGUUCUCCGUGACGCUGCGGCACGACGCUCAGUACACGGCGCUGAGCAACAUGCCGGAGGAGCAGAGCGUGCUGGAGGAGGACGGCUCCAUCACCACGAGGUUCAGCCGCACGCCCAGGAUGUCCACCUACUACCUGGCCUGGGCCGUGUGCAACUUCACCUUCAGGGAGACCACCAGCGACACCGGGGUCACGAUCCGUCUCUACGCUCGACCCGAUGCCAUUUCCAGCGGCUCCGGCGACUACGCUCUGCACAUCACCAAGAGGCUUCUGGGAUUUUACCAGGACUACUUCAAAGUUCAGUACUCCCUGCCCAAGCUAGAUUUGUUGGCAGUGCCCAAACAUCCGUACGCCGCCAUGGAGAACUGGGGUCUGAGCGUCUUUGUGGAGCAGAAGAUCCUAUUGGACGCCGAGGUGUCGUCCUCGUCCUAUCAGAUGGAGCUCACCAUGGUGGUCGUCCACGAGAUCUGCCACCAGUGGUUUGGUGACCUGGUGACUCCGGUGUGGUGGGAGGACGUCUGGCUGAAGGAAGGCUUCGCUCAUUACUUCGAGUACGUCGGCACAGACUUCCUCUUCCCAAAGUGGAACAUGGAGAAACAACGCUUCCUGACGGAUGUCCUCCAUGAGGUGAUGCUAUUGGACGGCCUUAACUCCUCCCACCCAAUCUCCCAGGAAGUGGCGCAGGCGGCGGACAUCGACCGUGUCUUUGACUGGAUCGCAUACAAAAAAGGGGCGGCGUUGAUCCGGAUGCUGGCUAACGUGAUGGGACAGACGCUGUUUCAGAGAGGACUCAAUGAUUACCUGCUGAGUCACAUGUAUGGAAACGCAGCCCGAGACGACCUGUGGAGCAAACUGACUCAGGCCAUGCGUUCAGAGGGUCUGCAGAUCGACAUUGGACAGAUGAUGGACAGGUGGACUCUGCAGAUGGGAUACCCAAUCGUGACCAUCAGCAAGAACCAAUCAGAGCAGCUCCCCACGCAUUACAUCACCGUCCACCAGGAGCACUUCCUGUACUCUCAGGAAGCCAAGAGCAACAACAGUUUGCUGUGGCAGAUCCCAUUGACGGUCGCCGUGGGAAACGCAUCCAGUGUUGGUUCAGAGAGCCUCAUCUGGAUCAACAACAAGACAGAAACCCACAGGAUUGGUCAGAUGGACGACAGCACCUGGUUGCUAGGAAACAUCAACCAGACCGGAUACUUCCGCGUGAACUACGACCUGGCAAACUGGAAACUGCUGAUUCAGCAAUUACACAACAACCCUGAAAUCAUCUCCGUUGGAAACAGGGCAGGACUUAUUGAUGAUGCCUUCAACCUGGCGAGGGCGGGGUACCUCCCUCAGGGCGUUCCCUUGCAGCUGAUUGGCUACCUGCCGGAGGAGCCUUCCUUCCUGCCGUGGCACUCUGCCAGCCGGGCUCUCUAUCAGCUCGACAAGCUGCUGGACCGCACCGACGAGUACAGCCUGUUCAGCGACUACGUGUUGAAGCAGGUUGCGGCUCGGUAUCAUCGUAUGGGUUGGCCGACUAACGUUCCCGGCAGUGAAGGCAACGUUCUGCAGGCGUCCUACCAGACUGAGGAGCUACAGAGGGAGCUAAUCAUGUUAGCAUGUAGCUUCGGGAACAAACAGUGCCACCGUCAGGCUGUCACUUACAUCUCUGACUGGAUCUCCAGCAACAAGAACAGGAUUCCUCCCAACAUCAGGGACAUUGUGUACUGCACCGGGGUCAGCCUGAUGGACGAGGACGUCUGGGAGUUUAUCUGGAUGAAGUUCCACUCAACCAGCGCCGUUUCAGAGAAGAAGAUCCUGCUGGAGGCCCUGACCUGCUCCGACAACACCUUCCUGCUCAACAGAUUACUGAACCUCUCUCUGACCUCUGACCUCGUCCCGGAGCAGGAUGUGAUCGACGUCAUCAUCCACGUGGGUAGAAACCCGCAGGGUCGAAACCUUGCCUGGAAGUAUUUCAGAGAAAAGUGGGACAUCCUCAACGCACGUUACGGUGAAGCGUUGUUCAUGAACUCAAAGCUCAUUGGUGGAGUCACAGAGUUCCUGAACACCGAGAAAGAACUCAAUGAGUUGAAGGACUUCAUCCAGGCCAAUAACCUGGGGGCGGGGCCUGCGAUGCCUCGUUCUCUGGAGAUCGUGGAGGGAAACGUCCGCUGGCACCGCCUCCACAGACGGCAUUUCUUCCAGUGGCUUCGCAAAUCUCCCAACUCUAACCUCGGCUAACGCUUCACCAGCUAGCUAGAGUGAAGCGACUGCUAGCUUCCUGUUAGCACACUGCUAGCUUACAGACGAGGCAGUCGGAUAGAAAAACUGGACGAAGAGACGAAGAGAGACAUGGACUUGACUGGCUGUUCUGUUUUUAAGAAACUGGUUUGCAAAGGUUUUAUUUCAGAUGUCAUUUUUCAAAGCUGCUAGCUAGUUAGCAGUCACUGAUUCAGUCAUCGCUAGCUAGCAAUUAGCCUUCAAAUCCCCCAAGGACAAAGAGAGAGGAAUCUGCUGUCAGACUAACAACAACAACAAAGUCCUGAAUUUAAACCAAAACCAACAGUUUAACAAACUUUUAAUAUUACAAAUCAAACAUUGCAGUAUGUAUACCCUACGUUUAAAUAUAAACACGUUUGAAAGACCCUAAAUUGCCAAUACACAACACAUACGAUAAGAAAACUCUUUAAAACUGGCCAAACUGGAAUAGUUGAUAACAAUGGAUGAAGUUAGAUGUUUGUUUUUUUUAGGUGAACCAACUUUGACAUAGUCCUGAAAUCAGCCCAAACCUCCCAACUCUUCCCUCGGCUAACGCUUCACCAGCUUGCUAGAGUGAAGCGACUGCUAACUUCCUGUUAGCACACUGCUAGCUUACAGACGAGGCAGUCGGAUAGAAAUACUGGACGAACAGACAUCAACUUGACUGGUUGUUCAGCUGGUGUUGUUUUAAAGAAACCUUUUAUUUCAGAUGUCAUUUUUCAAAGCUGCUAGCUAGUUAGCAGUCACUGAUUCAGUCAUCGCUAGCUAGCAAUUAGCCUUCAAAACCCCCCAAGACUUAAGUGGGACAAAGAGAGAGGAAUGUGCUGUCAGACUAACAACUGAAAGUCCUGAAUUUAAAACUAAACUGACUAUUUGACAAACAGUUUAACAGACUUUUAAUAUUACAAAUCAAACAGCGCAGUAUAUUUACCCUACGCUGAGAUAUAACCCAUUUUAAAGACCCUAGCACAACAAACUUUGACUGCAAAACCCCAAAUUGCCAUUACACAACAAAUAUGAUAAGAAAACUCUUGAAAAUUGGCCAAACUGGAUAGCAGUAGUUAACAAUGGCUGGUAUUGUUGCCUAUUGACUUAAAACGCAAACCAUCUUGACAUACAUGAAGGUUAGAAGUAUGUAAUGCAAACUUACAUGAAGUGUCUCCUUAUUUUCAUCUAAAGUAACAGACAGAGAAUCAGCACUUUGGAAACAGGCCUGAAACAGAGGGGAUUAUGGGAUGCUGCAAUGAUCUGUUUGGUGUUUCAGCCAAUCAGAGACAUGACUUGUAUAUAUCUGAGAUGAAAAACAGUAUAAUAGGGGACCUUUAAAUUGGUUAACUAAAGAUGUAGCUUGUAUUUAGCUUGCUCUAAUCCAGAUUCCUCACUAACCAGAGACCUGACGGUAGAGAUCCUUCCAGUGUGCGCCACAUUAACCCAAAGGACAUUAAAAGGCAGAUUAAGCAGCAGCCGUCAGCCGCAUGUCGAUCACUGAACAAAGAUGUAAUUACCGCAACAUGGACUCUGUGUCCUCUGAUCGCAGCUCUCAGCGGACUCAUUUAGGCUCAUUAACUCCCCGGCAACAUCCAAACUACUUUAGCUUUCAUUUAAAGAGCAGCUUUGGGGGUUUUCUCAGCACCCUAUUUUGAAAAAUAUCAGCAGGUUUGGUCAGCUUUGUUGCUUCUUUGAAUAUAAAAGCUCACAGAGAACGCAGCAGGGAUGUUGUGUUAGGGGUGCAAUUAAAAAAGGUUAAAUUUAAAAUAAGUAAUCAAGGGUUCUCACAUAUAAGGGAUAAUGGGAUGUAGGAACUGUGUAAUGAAAAACAAACCUGACAUUAAUUAGAAAUCUGCUAGAAGUUCGAUCUAAAAAAACUGGAAAUCCAUCCUUUUUUUGUGGGAUUUCCAGUUUACUUUCUGCUGUGUGUCAGAAAUUGCUAUUUCUUUUAAAUUGUACAUUUUGCAGUCCAUUUAUAGUCCAGAAAAUGAAUGAUGUAAAUGUGGUCAAAACAGUUUGUUCUCUAGACUCUAAAGUCCCAAUUUUACAAAGUAAUUAAUGUCCCUAGAAAGUAUUUAUUUUACAUGUGCAAUUCAGACAAAAGAAAGUAAGUUCAUGGCACUAAAAACCAAUAGGGAAAGUUUUAAAAAGUUUGCCCAAUCCCAACCCGUCUGAGAUCUGUCAGCCAAAGAAAGUGUUCAUUAUUUCGUGAAAUUUGAAUUCCAGAAAAGCGUCAAACGUCAUAUUUCUGCUGACAUUAAAAUGUUUUCUAGCACUUACAAAGCCCUGAAUGAUGUAAAUGUGGCCAAAACAGUUUGUUCUCUAGACUCUAAAGUCCCAAUUUUACAACGUAAUUAAUGUCCCUAGAAAGUAUAUAUUUUACAUGUGCAAUUCAGACAAAAGAAAGGGAGUUCAAGGCACUAAAAACCAAUAGGGAAAGUUUUAAAAAGUUUGCCCAAACCCAACCCGUCGGACAUCUGUCCGCCAAAGAACUUUAGUGAAUUUGUCAAACCUGACAGAAAGUCCUAAGAGGGACUAAAUGGAUUUUAAAAAAUGACAGAUUGAUGAGAAUGAGCAAAGGAUCUUAGUUUGGAAACCUGAAGAAAGUCAGAACUGACAGAUACCGACUGACUGCAACUUUUGGAGAUGACCAAAUAAAAACUACAAAAGCACAAAACCAUGUUGGACGAAGCACAUCGGCCUCAAGCUGCUGAACACAUACUCAACGGCUAGCUUCCAUGUUGUCAAAGAAGUUAGUGGAGGAAAGACAAGACAGUUGAGAUCCCGUUUAAGUGUCUUUGUAUCCAGAUGAUGUUUUAAAUGAAAGUGUUCAUAGGGUAAAGGAUUCAAGCCGAUCCUCUGGACUUCACGGCUUGUAGGACACGAAGGACAGGGUUUUAAAAGAUAACUGAUUCUGAAGAGCAAUGGAUUUUGUCGUAUCGAGUGAUUGAUAUUGGAAAUGCAAAGCCUGACGAACCUUUUCGAGGCUUUGAAUUCUCGUUCUGACGGAGAAUUCAAAAGACAACGCUGUUUCCCGAAUGAAGAAAUGAUACUACGGAUUCUUUGGCGAGAUGGAAAAUGGGGAUUUUGCCGUGCGAUAGAUGCCACAACAGCACUUCAAGUUGAAAGAGUAAAAUGGACUCUGCAGGGUGAAAACGUUUGGAUAUCUUCAUCACCUUCUACAUCUGAGGUGGAACGGAUUCUAACGUUGGACUGAACUAACUGUGGAUUCUUUGAAACGAUGAACAGUACAACAAAAAAUAGACUUCUCUCGGGGUCCAACUCCAAAGUCCAGAUGCAUCUUUGCAGAGUAUUUAGAGGAAAAAAGGAAUUGAAAUGAAUAAAAUCCUCAUGAACUUUUUUAAAAGUCUCGUGCGUUGAACCUCUUAGACUCGACUUUGGUGUUAAUAAUUGAGCCAUAUAUGAAUUAAUGGGCCUGCCUGCUUCUAUACACUGUGUGUCCAGUGGUGUGUGUGUCUGUGUGUGAGUGUGUGUGAUGACGAUGAUGAUGACGAAGGUAACAGCAGCAGUGCUUGCGGUCAUGGUGAUUUAAAACGAUUGGUCUUACGAUCAGGACGAUGAUCUGACGAUGAAGGUUGAAAACGGUAACGAUGAUUGUUGAUGAUGUGAAAAAGCUAAUCAGUAUUAUUUUUUGAUUAUUACGCUAAAUAUAUUGUGCAUUUUGUCGGGGAAUAUGUCAGACAUAAAGCACACAUGUACAAAAAACACUGUUAAACAAAUAUUAUAUAAAACAAUUGAAAUGUGAUUUUAAGAUGUUGGAGGAGAUGUUGUUCAUGAUGAUUAUAAUGAUGAUGAUGAUGAUGAGAAGGACCAAAAUGUGACGGGAACAGGAAGUUGCAGAGACGAGUUUAAUUCUACUUCCUGUAUGCACUGCUGUGGUUUCCUGUGUUUUCUGAUUGGAAGAUAUUAAAAUGGUAUUUACCUUGUG